AUGUCAAUUGCAGCUCAGGGGCCCAGCUUGGCCACUUCGGCCAGCCCUCACCCUUUUGAUCCCGUCCGGCCUCAAGAAAUUCGCUUGGCUGUCCGCAUCCUGGAAGCUGCCUUCCCAGGUGUUAAGCUGCGCUACAAUCGUAUUGAUAUCCACGAGCCCAUCAAGAAGGAUGUCGUCCCUUACAUCGAGGCUGAGAGGUUAAGGAAACCCCUUCCUCCGAAGCCCGCGCGUCUUCUUUACUCUUACUUCUAUCGCCUUGAUACCGGCGCAUGGUGCAAGGCGUUGAUGAACGCGGACACCGCAUCCGUCAUUUACGUCAAGGAAUUACCGGAGGGAGUCCAGCCUCCAGUAGAUAUCGAUGAAUUGGCCGUUAUCGAAGAAGUCUGCAUGAAGCACCCCGCAGUGCAGGCGGAAAUUGCAAAGCUCCAGCUACCCCCUGGCAUGACUGUCUGCAAUGACCCGUGGAUGUACGGUACCGAGAGUCUGACCGAGUCAAGGCGCAUGUUCCAGUGCUUCAUGUACAUGGUGGAAGUGGACCACCCUGAAAACAACCACUAUUCCUUGCCUUGCAAGUUCUCCCCGGUGUUCGAUGCCUUUACACAUGAGUUGAUCCGCAUGGAUUAUCUGCCGGGUGGCUCGGAUGCACAGACCGUUGAGACUCAGCCCUGGAAGCCCGUCAAGGCGGUUCAAUACGCCCAUGACCUGCAGGAUGAGCCUAUUCGGACAGACCUCAAGCCCUACAUUGUGCAGCAACCCGAAGGACCCUCUUUCUCGGUGGAUGGCAACUUUGUCUACUGGCAGAAGUGGCGCUUCAGGGUUGGCUUCAACAACCGGGAGGGCAUGGUUCUUUACAACGUCACCUAUGAUAACCGCAGCGUCUUCUACCGCCUUGCGGUAUCAGAAAUGACCGUCCCUUACGGAGACCCUCGCGCUCCCUACCACCGCAAGCAAGCUUUCGACGUUGGCGAUGUCGGUUUUGGUCUCAACGCCAACCAGCUAACGCUGGGUUGCGACUGCCUGGGUCAUAUCAAGUACUUCGACGGCUACCGGGCUGACUGCAAGGGAAACCCGGUCCUGCUGAAGAACAUCAUUUGCAUGCACGAGCAGGACAAUGGCCUGCAACACAAGCACACCAACUACAGAUCCGGCGCUGCUACCGUGGUCCGCAACCGCCAGCUUGUUCUGCAGAUGAUCUGCACCGUCGCUAACUACGAGUACAUCUUUGCCUACAUCUUCGACCAGGCCGCCAACAUUGAACUGGAAGUGCGCGCAACCGGAAUUCUAUCGACGGUGCCUUUUGAUAACACCAAUGGCGAGACUGUCAAGUGGGGCACCAACGUUGGUCCGGGCGUGAUGGCUCCUUACCACCAGCACAUGUUCUCUUUCCGCAUUGACCCGGCCCUGGAUGGUCACAAGAACACUGUUUACUACGAGGAGAGUGUGCCUCUUCCCGAAGACGAGAAGAACCCUUGGCUAGUAGGCUACACCACUGAGCAGACUGUGAUGGACAAGGCAGGCUCAGCCGACCUUGACAUCAACCGCAACCGGGUCUUCAAGAUUCGCAACGACAACGUCAUCAACCCCAUCACCUACAAGCCCAUUUCCUACAAGCUCCAUCCGGCACCUAGCCAAAUGCUCCUCCAGAGCAAGAGAGCCAUUGGCUACGGCCGUGCCGAAUUCGCCACCAAGCCCAUCUGGGUGACCAGAUACCAAGACGAUGAGUUGUAUGCUGCGGGCGAGUUCACCAACCAGAGCCGACGCGCUGUUGGCGUGGAGACCUGGUCCAAGCGGAAUGACCCUACUGAGAACGAAGACGUGGUUCUCUGGCACACAUUCGGCCUCACCCACAACCCCCGCGUCGAAGACUUCCCCGUCAUGCCCAUGGAACGCAUCAGCGUGAUGCUGCGUCCUGACGGCUUCUUCACGAAGAACCCGGCCGUGGAUGUUCCUCAGUCGUCGCAGAACUUCAACAAGUCUACCCUGCACCCGGAACCUGCUGCGGCAGUCCCCUCCUGCUGCAGUGGAUCCAGCAAGGCCAAGCUGUACAAGCGCAUGGAUUAG